GAGAGAGAGAGAGAGGCUCAUCAUCCGUCUGUUCAAAGCAAGCGGAUUAUUUUCGCAGCAAACUCGAAAUUGGCUUUAUUUAUAUAUAUAUAUAGACACGCACACACACACACACACACGAUCACGAGAAGAAAGUUUUUGUUAGAUUUUCAAAGAACAGAGAAUCGAAGGAAAUGGAGAGUGUCGAUCAUUCAACUGUUGCUCGAGGCCGCUUGGCUGUGCUCUCAGCUCAUCUCGCCGCUUCAUAUGAUCAAUUUGGGGGAGUUCCCAAUGGGAUUCUGGAAUCUUCUACCUGCUCUGCCGCCGUGGCGCCGCCGCCUAAUCUGAAAGGCUCGUUGAUUGUGGUUGAUGAGCGUACUGGGAAGAGGUACCAGGUUCAGGUCUCUGAGGAAGGCACUAUCAAAGCCACCGACUUCAAAAGGAUAACAACCGGAAAGGAUGACAAGGGGCUGAAGCUUUAUGAUCCAGGAUACCUCAACACUGCUCCUGUGCGAUCAUCGAUUUGCUACAUUGAUGGUGAUGAAGGGAUUCUUAGAUACAGGGGUUAUCCGAUUGAGGAGCUGGCCGAAGGGAGUUCUUUUCUGGAAGUGGCUUAUCUUUUGAUGUAUGGGAAUUUACCAUCUGAAGCGCAAUUGGCAGAUUGGGAGUUUGCUGUUUCACAGCAUUCAGCUGUCCCACAAGGAAUAUUGGAUAUCAUCCAGGCAAUGCCCCAUGAUGCUCACCCAAUGGGUGUUCUUGUCAGUGCAAUGAGUGCUCUUUCAGUCUUUCACCCAGAUGCGAAUCCAGCUUUAAGGGGCCAAGACAUAUACAAGUCUAAACAAGUGAGAGAUAAGCAAAUUGUCCGCAUACUCGGGAAGGCGCCUACAAUUGCUGCAGCCGCUUACUUGAGAAUGGCUGGAAGGCCACCUGUUCUUCCAUCCAGCAACCUCUCAUACUCAGAGAACUUCUUAUAUAUGCUUGAUUCAUUGGGCAACAGGUCUUAUAAACCUAAUCCACGGCUUGCUCGUGCUCUUGAUAUUCUUUUCAUAUUACAUGCAGAACAUGAAAUGAAUUGCUCCACUGCAGCUGCAAGGCACCUUGCUUCAAGUGGUGUUGAUGUGUAUACAGCCCUCGCUGGUGCAGUUGGAGCCCUGUAUGGCCCUCUUCAUGGUGGAGCCAAUGAGGCCGUGCUUAAGAUGCUGAGUGAGAUAGGAAGCAUCGACAAUAUACCAGAUUUCAUUGAAGGUGUAAAAAACAGGAAGCGUAAGAUGUCCGGUUUUGGACACCGUGUCUACAAGAACUACGAUCCCCGAGCAAAGGUCAUCAAGAAACUUGCAGAAGAAGUAUUUUCAAUUGUUGGCAGGGAUCCUCUUAUAGAGGUGGCCAUAGCUUUAGAGAAGGCUGCCCUAUCAGAUGAGUAUUUUGUGAAGAGGAAGUUGUAUCCUAAUGUGGAUUUCUAUUCUGGGUUGAUUUACAGAGCCAUGGGUUUUCCGACAGAGUUCUUUCCUGUUUUGUUUGCAAUUCCUCGAAUGGCUGGCUAUUUAUCUCACUGGCGAGAGUCUCUGGAUGAUCCAGAUACAAAGAUAAUGAGGCCAGCACAGGUAUAUACCGGUGUAUGGCUAAGGCACUACAUGCCACUCAAAGAAAGGAUGAUAACAAAAGCAGAGGAUAAACUGGGUCAAGUUUCGGUUUCCAACGCAACUAGGAGACGGUUGGCUGGAUCUGGGGCCUAGUUUCUUAAACUAUCUGCAUCACAUUGUCCGAUUUCAUACAGAUAGAACAAAAUAAGAAUUGAUUUUUAGGUGUGUUUUGCAUAAACAGUUGGGAUUAUAUUCUCUUGGAAACCGUCUUAGACAUAUUUUUUAAGUGUAAAAUGUUAUAUUAAUGCUCAAAUUUACAUUAUUAGGCAGUAAUAAUGUUUGCCGCGAAUGUCCUACUUAUUGCACAAGCAUCCUGUUAGCAGCUAAAGCUUUGAACUUAGAUAUCUGCAUAUCUGAGGUAGCUGCAUUUCCUAGUUAUUGUUCUGUAAAUAAAGGGCAUCCAGAACCAGCCUUUGGUCGGACUGUU